AUGGAGUACGUGAUUAAUCCCACAGUGCCAGAAAGCCUGAUCGACGCAGACACCAUCUUCCACAUCAAUCCUAGUGGGCGGUACUCUUAGACCUCUUCAAUUUUAGACCUCUUCUUGGAAAUGGAUUCGCAUGUUGGUAGGUUUAGAUUAAGCCGUACGGUACGACUACGAGCAGCAUGAACAAUACUGCGUAGAUUUCAAUUGAAUGUACGACUACAGUGGGUACUUGUAGUUGAUGAGGUUUCAUUUUUGACACAUCCUUCAGGAUGCGCUUCCUUUUCAACGAACUAGAAAAAUCAUCUGAAAAUGAAAGACAACGACUCAGGGACUGCUUUAAGUACCAUUAUACAUUUUUGAGAUUGCCCCACUUUUGUCUUCCAAUCACAAAAUCCUCGUACGAAAACACACAGCUUCGUGAUUGGUGGACCUCACGGUGAUGCUGGUUUGACGGGACGUAAGAUCAUUAUUGAUACCUACGGCGGCUGGGGUGCGCAUGGUGGCGGUGCUUUCUCUGGAAAGGACAACACCAAGGUAGAUCGAUCUGCCGCUUAUGCCGCUCGCUGGGCCGCCAAGUCUCUGGUUGCGAAUGGGUUCGCGACAAGGGCCUUGGUUCAGGUAGAAAUCUCAUAAAAGAUUGCGGUAAACAAUACCUUUCGUGAACUACAUUGUUGAACUACACGAGAAAAAACGACUAGAGAUUCAUUUCUAAGCAACUAGAGUACUUGAUACUAAAAAACGAGCUCUCCCAAGGUCUCUUACGCAAUCGGCGUUGUGCAGCCAUUAUCUAUGUUCGUGGACACUUACGGUUCUGCCCGCUUCGGUUUCAGUGACGAGCAGCUGUGCGAAAUCGUGAAGCGCAACUUUGACUUCCGACCAGGCUGCAUCCAGCGCGACUUGGACUUGAAACUUAAGGCAUUCUCUUUUCCUUCUGGACUGUACCCCAAGACUGGGUCGUUCACUACUACCACUACUACUACUACUACUACUACUUCCAUAACUACUACUAGGCAGGUUGUUGUUGAGAGACCAUUCUUAGUGAGAGAUCUUUCCCAGUAGAAAUUCCGUCUGCAGCUCUUGUAACUUAAGGCUCGUUGUUGCGGGCAUCGUAGGUUUUUCUCCCCUCACGAUUAUUGUUGUAUCAACAGCGCGACCAGAUUUGUUAGUCAUCAAUCUGCACUUUCUAAGAACUGACCGCAAUUCACGCAGUUGGCUGCCUAUGGGCAUUUUGGUCGUGAGGAUGUCAAGCCUGCUUGGGAAGUGGUCAAGGACUUGAGUCAUGAGGUGCCGGCUGAAAAAUUGACAGGAAAAAUCCUCGGAAUGGGCAACCCGUUGUUGGACAUGUCAAACACCGUGGACACUUAUGGCCACGCACUCUAUUGAAAUUGAAAGAUCAUCUGUUCUAAUCGAAAGAUCAUCUCAGGCUAUUCCAACUAGCGAAGUCUGGCGAAGAACACACGUCUUUUAUUUCUGAGAACUUUUUUAGAAUGAGUCUUUUUCAGAAUGAGACUCUUCAUCUUUGAGAUUACACUAAGCUUCUUGAUAUUCUAAGGUCUACAUGCUUAUACAGUAUGAUAGAGAUCGUUCUUCAACAAGAAUGAUAGUUCCGUAUCGUACAUGAGGGGUCAAAUCGAUAUUCUUGUUGCGGGAUCCUGUUCUCCUCACACCAGGGCGUCGUGUAAAGAAGUACUAGAAGGGGGCAAAUAACAGACUGUGUUGUUAACCGGGUACUACGAGAUGCAGUGUUGUUAAGAUGUGCAGGAACCACAACCUAAACUAACCUAACCUAACCUAAGUUGACCGUGCUACUCUAAGAUCCAGCGCUGCUAACCGAGUACGGAUUGGAAGCAAACAAUGCGAUUCUUUGUGAGGAUAAGCAUAAGCCAUUGUACUAUUAGACAUCUUCUUCUUGUUGUCUCAGCUUUUUUGUAUGAGCCAACACAGUAUCGAUCUCUAGAUUGCUAGGCACACGCAUGAUGAAGUCUUUCAUAGCAUUGCCCUUGGUCGUUGACCAGACCCUGGUUCUCUAGGGGUAUGCUGAUUGCUCCACACUUCUGAGACAUAGUGCUGCAUGUCUGUUUGUAGUUCCCAGUGAUGAAAAUAGUAGACAACUGAUACCGCGAAGAUCAGGAUCAGGUUGCAUCUAGUUCAUACUACCAACUGACACCAAAAUAUAGUCAACGUUGCUUGGAUCAUAUUCUUAGAUUCUUAGUACCUUUUCACAACCAACAUUCAUCUAAGACCAAAAUAUAAUCAAGGUUCGAAACGUUGGACAAGCAAGCUGGUACGCAAUAUAUUCCUGGUGGGGCCACUCAGAACUCGAUCCGUGUCGCGCAGUGGUUCCUCAAGAAGGAGAAGAAGACAGAUCUCUCCUUCGCUUCUUAUUUAUGGUUAGUUUCAGCUCCAGGUUUGAGAUCAUGUCCAUUCACAUUGAAAUCAUGUUGAUGAUAUCUUUUUGCCUAAGGUAUGUAAGGUCUGCCAGAUCAUUUAAACUCACAAUUACAAUUAGUUGUUUUUCAUCACCAUGUUGAUUUAUUCGUAGCUUUAUGGAAUGAGAUGGUUGAUCGGUUCAUAAUGUUGUUUGGUUUAUUCUUACCUUCAAUGUGACUGUCAUGGAUUUACCAUGUAGAGCCCUCACAUUUUGUGUUUCAUAUUACGUUUAGAGUAUCAUGUAAUAAAUAGCGCUCUUUAAUCUACAUAGAGCGGGGUCUUUUGCUAUGUCGAGGAGAUCAGCAGUAUGUAUAAUAGCUGCCUACGAGUAUCUAGAAGCGGGUCAACAAUCAAUAUACUCACAAUGGGGUCGUUAGCACCGGUCUAACUUCCAUGGGCUGCGUCGGUAACGACGCUUACUCCGAGAAGAUGAAAGCAGUGUGCAAAUCCGAAGGCGUGAACGCCACCUACUUGGAAGACGCUGCUACCCCGACUGGCACUUGUGCUACUUUGAUUAAGGCUCCUAACAUUUUUCUUCAUCACUUAAGAAGAGAAAUGUUCUCUACAAUUCAUCUCAUUUCAUCUCAACCUGCUUCUCCUCUCCUUUAUCUCCCAGUUUUGUCUAAUCUGAUCACCGGCAACAACCGAUCUUUGGUGGCUAACCUGAGUGCCGCGAAUAACUACAAGUACGAGCAUUUGAAAGCCAACUACGGCGUGCUCGAGACCGCGUCUUUGGUCUAUUCUUAAGGGUUGGAAGUUGACCUGCUCCCUGUGUGCACGUUUAUGACCUUUUCAAGUAAGAAAGUCAUAGAUAUGAGACCUAGAUCGAUCAACUUUCAACCCCUAAUAUUCGGCUGGCUUUUUCAUUACCGUCUGCUCCGAUGCCAUGUACGAUGCCGCAGCCCACUGCCUGGCCAACAACAAACUCUACUGCUUGAACCUUUCGGCCCCCUUCAUCAUGGAAGUGCCACCAUUCUGGGAAGUCGUCUCGAAAUUGAUCCCGAAGUUAUGAUGUGAAAAAGCUUAACUUGAAAUCGAUCCUACUCCUACUCAACUUGAAACUGGGGCUUCAUUUACUCCUACACUCAGCAUGAGAUUAUCAAUCUACUCCCUACUAACCCUUUCCCGAAGUUAUGACAUUAUUACUUAAUCUACAGUGUGCUUUGGUUUAUUUUCUCAUAUAGUAUUGAUAAUAAUUGAUCCAGGAAUGAUCAGGUUAUAAUUUCAUCUACAGGCACCGACACGUAAUUGUAAUCAGAGACUUGAGUGAGAAUGUAUUCCCCGCUCUCUAAUCCCUGUCGACUACCUGUUUGGUAAUGAGACUGAGGCUGCUACGUUUGCAAAGGUGAGCGGCUGGGGUGAAGGACUCAUUAAGGCUUGUUUUUAUCGAGCAUUUUGAGAAGUAUCUCACCUAAGAGGGGGAUGCCACUUAUUACCAUAAAGCUCUCUCGAAUGCCUGAGCCUGACUAGAGUCUAUUGUGCCUCUCGAAUACGUUGACUCCUGUUUAUUACGACAGCUAGUGGCACCACUAAUACUCGUAGCUUACCCUACCAAAAAGCGUCUUCAUUUUCGGAAGUGUUCAAAGUGAAAGCAGACUUGAAGUUGACUAGCACUACUGCUCCUAUCUCUCGCGAAGAUAAAGAAUUUCGGUAAGCUACCAAUGCUACAACUAGUAUUGCUAAUAUGACUCUUUCGUUUCUUCUUUUUCUAGCCAGGGCUGCACUGGAACUUUUGCAGCUAAUAUUACUACAAUCGUCCUCAGCCACAGUCUAACCUCAGCGUGGAGAAAAUCGCAUGUAAGAUGUCGAUGCUUCCGUCUGAGAAGUCGAAGUCCCGCACUGUCGUGAUCACUCAGGGUGCGGAUGCGACCGUCGUUGGAAAGGAUGGAAAGGCCGUGAUGUACCCAAUUUUACCCUUGAAGAAAGUUACGAAAAAGAGAAAGACUGUACUUAGAUGAGCAGAAUAUCUUCCAAUUGAUUUAGUUUAGCACUUGGACCGCGAGAAUGAGUACACCACUAAUACUACAACUUGUUGAAAGAAAGAGAUAGCCUCUAUGAUAUAAUAGCCUCUAACUUGUAGGAGAUUGUGGAUACGAAUGGAGCUGGGGACGCGUACGUUGGUGGUUUCCUGGCCAAGCUGGUGCAGGGGUGCAGCGUCGAACAGUGCACUACUGCCGGGGCGGCAGCCGCUAAAGUCAUCGUACAGCAGAACGGGUGCACGUUUCCGUAAAAGAGGUGCACUUUUUUACGGCUAGUAUGUACUGGUACUUCGAAAGCAUGAUGAAUGAUGUCUCCUUAGAAGUAUUAUCAUCCUUGGAGCAGGUUCUCCUUUUUCGACGUGAAAACGAAGCCAAGGAUGUUCUCAGGUAUGCAUACGCGGCAGCUCUAACGUGCAAGCCUCUGCCAGGAUAGCACUUUUCACUCGGAAGGAAAGUGGUGGUGGAAGAGGACUCGAGAAUGAGGAUUGCAAGCUUAACAUCUCUAUUCACUUACUGCAGGGGUUCUGAUAACUUCGUUUCCAAAAGGGGAUCGAUAAAAUCGUUUCCAAAACAGGGGGCUCUGAUAACUUCUCCUGUCAUCUCAUGUUAAUGUUGUUACAUUUUCUGUUGCCCUCGUUGCAUAUCGCGUUAAUGUUGUUACAUUAUCUAUAAGCUUUCUGUUGCUCUCGUUGUAUAUCUGUACGUUCUUGAUGAGUUUCAUCAACGUGGCCCUCAUUGCAACAGAGGGAUUUUCCACGCACCUGUGAAGAUAGGUACGUCUCUAGAGAACGGACGAUUCAUGUUGUAGUCCUUAGAUUUUCACCAGACUAUUAUUGGCACUCUACUGCUACCCAUGGAAGGAGGAACCUAUCAUCUGUUCUAAGCGGUUAGAAACUUUUUUAAAAACGAAGGACACUAGUGAUGUCAAGAACCUGAAUCUAUGAUGUCAAUAUCAAGAACAACGUGUAAAUGAUAAGUCAAUAAGCAUAGUACCCCCCGUGGUCCUCGUGAAUCGGGUAUCUCGUGAUCAUGAUCAACACUUAAAGUAUUUUCCCCCAGGACUGAAACUAAUUAUUUCUACGUUGAUAUGAUCGAGAACUCUUGAAUUUUCCAAGAGAUUUUUUCAAAACGCUUCGUAGAAGAGAACUUCGGGUUUUUCUCCACAAUUAUACACACCUGCGGUCCUGAAAAUAUUUCCACUCUUGUUCGUAUAUGUUCAUAUUUUCACAAGUUGCUCUCAUUGGUUGGCCCAGCGACGCCUGAAGCACUAAAGUAAAACAUGUCAGUUUUCCCUCUACCCUUAGGCUUAUCCAUUCAAACUACAGCAUAUUUUCACAAGUUGUAGAGGUUCAAGUUUCAAAUUUUCACAAGAAAGUCUAACAGGACUAUGAUGUCCGAAAUUGAUAGAUGAGACGUUGAUAGAUGAGACGUUGAUAGAUGAGACGUUGAUAGAUGAGACGUUGAUAGAUGAGACGCUAGUUCUUUCACGCGCCUAGGUCCUGUAGAUAUUGUUGUAGAUAGCAAUGAUAUAGCCAAUUUCACCGACAUCCAGUAGACGUUCUUCAACUGAUACUGGCACCAUAGCUCAACUGGCACCAUAGCUCAACUGGCACCACACAGUCAUAGGUCAUGCUGCUUAAGAUGACAUAAGAUGACGCAAGUAGGCUUACCGUGAUGUGGAAGGUGAGUCAAAUCCUAUCCUAUCCUAGGCUCAUGUGAAGUCAAUCUCGCCACCAGUAGACGUGAAAGUCAAAGGUUGACUGUCAAACUGAUGUCUAGUGGCAGCACAAUGUUUGCUGAAUGUAAGAGUAUUACGAAAACGAAAGCUCACUCUGAUAGAGCAAAGUUUCGCUGCUGUUUGUUGAUAGACGGGCAAAUUCGAU